CGACCUCCGGGCCCUGUAGCUCCGACGCCCCCCGCGCGCGUGAGGCCGGGUCUCCCCGCCGCUUCGGGGGGGUGGUGGCGAGGAGGAGAAGGAGGCCGAGCGGCGCGCAGUCCCCGCCGUCCCGGGGUCGCGGGGCCGGGCCCCCGGUGUUGCAUGCGGGGCGGGCUGGCCGUGAACGGAGGCGAAGAUGGAAGGUUUAACGCUGAGCGAUGCGGAGCAGAAAUACUACUCGGAUCUCUUCUCCUACUGCGACAUCGAGAGCACCAAGAAGGUGUCGGCCAACGGGCGAGUGCUGGAGCUGUUUCGGGCCGCGCAGCUGCCCAACGACGUGGUCCUCCAGAUUAUGGAGCUUUGUGGUGCAACAAGACUUGGUUAUUUUGGAAGAAGUCAGUUCUAUAUUGCUUUGAAACUUGUAGCUGUUGCCCAGUCUGGCUUCCCUUUAAGAGUGGAAAGUAUAAAUACAGUAAAGGACCUUCCUCUGCCAAGAUUUGUUGCUUCAAAAAACGAACAGGAAUCUCGUCAUGCAGCCUCAUAUUCUUCAGAUUCUGAAAAUCAAGGGUCUUACUCUGGUGUAAUCCCCCCACCACCUGGCAGGGGACAAGUGAAAAAAGGGUCCACAAGCCAUGAUCCUGUCCAGCCUCGUGCAUCUGUAGAUCAGCAGGAACCUGUGUCCCCAGUAGUCUCGCCACAGCAGUCUCCACCAACUUCUCCACACACAUGGAGGAAGCACAACCGUCAUCCCAGUGGAGGAAGCAGCGAGAGGCCUCUUGCAGGACCUGGGCCGUUCUGGUCUCCCUUUGGUGAAGCACAAUCAGGUUCUUCUGCUGGUGAUGCAGUGUGGUCAGGACAUUCUCCACCUCCACCUCAAGAAAAUUGGGUCAGUUUUGCUGAUACUCCACCAACCAGUACUCUUUUAACCAUGCAUCCUGCUUCUGUCCAGGACCAGACAACAGUACGAACUGUAGCCUCAGCUACAACUGCCAAUGAAAUUCGUAGGCAAUCCAGUAGUUAUGACGAUCCUUGGAAAAUAACAGAUGAACAAAGACAGUAUUAUGUAAAUCAGUUUAAAACCAUUCAGCCUGAUCUAAACGGAUUUAUUCCAGGAUCUGCAGCUAAAGAGUUUUUUACAAAAUCAAAACUUCCUAUUCUUGAACUUUCUCAUAUUUGGGAACUCUCAGACUUUGAUAAAGAUGGAGCCUUGACACUGGAUGAGUUUUGUGCUGCUUUUCAUCUGGUAGUUGCUAGGAAGAAUGGCUAUGACUUACCGGAAAAACUCCCUGAAAGCUUAAUGCCCAAACUGAUUGAUUUGGAAGAUUCGGCAGAUGUUGGGGAUCAGCCAGGUGAGGUAGGUUAUUCAGGCUCUCCUGCAGAAGCUCCUCCAAGCAAGUCUCCAUCAAUGCCGUCACUAAACCAGACUUGGCCUGAGCUGAAUCAGAGCAGUGAGCAGUGGGAGACAUUUAGUGAACGCUCUUCAAGCUCACAAACUCUGACCCAAUUUGAUUCUAACAUUGCACCAGCUGAUCCUGAUACUGCUAUUGUUCAUCCGGUUCCCAUUCGGAUGACUCCAAGCAAAAUCCACAUGCAGGAAAUGGAACUUAAAAGAACUGGCAGUGAUCAUACUAAUCCCACUAGCCCAUUGCUUGUGAAAACAUCUGACCUUUCAGAAGAAAAUAAGAUAAAUUCAUCAGUGAAAUUUGCUUCUGGAAAUACUGUAGCAGAUGGGUACAGUAGUUCAGACUCUUUUACUUCGGAUCCAGAACAGAUUGGAAACAACGUAACUCGUCAAAGGUCUCAUUCAGGAACAUCACCUGAAAACACUGCACCACCACCUCCACCUCCAAGGCCUCAGCCCUCUCAUUCUAGAUCAUCAUCUUUAGAUAUGAAUCGGACCUUUUCCGUCACAACAGGACAGCAACAGGCUGGAGUUGUUGCCCAACCUCCUGCAGUGCCUCCAAGACCACAGCCCUCACAGGCUCCUGGUCCCGUUGUGCAUCGCCCAGUGGAUGCCGAUGGCCUAAUAACUCACACUAGUACCUCACCUCAGCAGAUACCAGAGCAACCAAAUUUUGCAGAUUUCAGCCAAUUUGAAGUAUUUGCUGCAUCAAAUGUAAAUGAAGAACAAGAUGAUGAAGCCGAGAAACAUCCAGAGGUCUUGCCGGUUGAAAAAGCUUCUGAUCCCGCAAGUUCUCGAGUUGCCAAAACAGAUAGUAAAAUUGAAGAAAAGACAGCUGCUAGUGCUCCCGCCAAUGUGAGCAAAGGCACAACACCUCUUGCUCCACCACCUAAACCUGUUCGAAGGAGAUUAAAAUCAGAAGAUGAAUUAAGGCCAGAAGUUGAUGAACAUACACAGAAGACAGGUGUCCUAGCUGCCGUUCUUGCAUCACAACCUUCUAUUCCUCGGUCUAUUGGGAAAGAUAAGAAAGCUAUUCAGGCAUCAAUUAGACGCAAUAAGGAAACCAACACAGUUUUGGCCAGAUUGAAUAGUGAAUUGCAGCAACAGUUAAAGGAUGUUCUUGAGGAGAGAAUUUCCCUGGAAGUUCAACUGGAACAGCUUCGACCAUUCUCUCACCUAUAAGCCAAUUGCCGUUAACUGUGAACAUACCCAUUUUUAAGCGGUUUUGGGUUCAACGCCAGUUUGGAGACCCAGACAUUCAGCUCACUGCUUAAUUCAACAUUAAAUUUUAUGAUUCUGUUUUGCCCUAUAUGUUCACCAUUGUAUUUAAGUAUCUUUUAUUUUUUAAUUUCAACAAUAAAAGGGUCAGGAUG